AGAAGAAGAAGAAGAAGAAAAAUGGCAGAAGAUUGGGGUGAAAUUUUCAGCGGUCUUUUAAGAAUUGACAAUGACCAAUUAACUGAUUACGGAGAAGAUAAUGAAGAUUACGUCGAAAGCAUGCUAACAAAAGAAGAUACAAUUGCCAUUGCUGGACUCACCAACCGACUUUCUUCACGAACCACCGAACAUCCAUGGCUUCAUCAAGUUCGCCAUACUGCAAUCCACCACAUUGUUCAUACAGGAGGACGUUUUGGAGUCAGAAAAAUUACAGUUUACGCAGCAGUGAUUUAUGUUGAUAGGCUUCUUUCAUCAAUGCCAAUAGUAGUCGAAAGAUUCGAGGUAGGAAAGUUAUUGGGAGUUGCAUGUUUAUUUUUGGCUGCUGAGCAUUUGGAGGAAUAUGAAGAUCAACCAGAUUUAUCAGAUUAUGAGUAUUUUGUGGAAUGUAGUGCAAGAAGUAUAACGAAUAUGAGGAACCAUGUUGUUAAACAAUUUGGAGGGAUAGUGAAAUUUGUUACUCCUAUUCACUUCAUCAAAUAUUUCUUGUCAAAAUUCUGCAGAGAUUUUUCAAGAAAAGAGUAUGCCAGAUUCAUAACUGUUGAAAUCAUCAUGAGUAUACUUGGAGAUGUGAGGUUAAUGAGUCUAAGAGCAUUUGUAGUAGGAGCAGCAGCAACAUUGUUAGGAUCAAACCCAAAUAUAUUGACAGAGCAAAUGAUAAGGGAUGAGAUUAAUGCCUUGCCUACAAAUUGGCGUAUUUCACUUGAUGAAGUGUGUUCUUGCUAUAAUCGUUUGCUAGAGACCAACAGGCACAGACUUGACAUAAAUUGAUCUCAUCUUCACUAACAAUUGUGGAAGCAAACUAAAGGCAUGAAAUAGAUAUUUUUAGCAAUAAUUUUCUCAAGAAAUAUUGUUGGUGUGAUUGCUAUAGAUUGGAAUUAGCUACUUUCUGUUAUAUUUUGGACACAAGCAGAAAUACUAUGAGAUAGUAAUAAUGAGAUUACUUUUAAAAGUUUUCAUCAAA